AUGACCGAUUCCCUUGACGAGCUGUCCGAAGUGGCUGAUUCAGGAUGUCGUGAUGCAAAUACCCCCCACAUCGUCAAAAAGUCCAUGUCGCCUGCGGCCGUAUACACCACUGGGGUCACUACCCAAUAUCAGCCCCUAGCCACCAAAGCAACUGGAUCUACUCUCGUAAUCGGCUCCCCGUCGACCGCUAGAGAUGGACAGUACCAGGCUCUAAUAACAGAGCUGGAGAACGAUGCUGGGACUGUCGAGAAGCAGAUGCUAGAUCGUCUGGUAGAUGCAGCGACCACAAUGCAACCCAGCUCCUAUGCAGCGGUUCACAUAACGCUUGACUCAUCGGAGUACGAAGGAUUGCUGCCCAAUCUCCCAGCACUCUUGUUGCAGAUCCAGGAAGGCUUGAACCCCCUUGGCACGCUCCAUCUCCGCAAUCUCACUUCGACUCUCAGCACAAUUCCUUCGGAGCUGACUCUCGCUGGAUUCACAAUACUGUCGGGGCUUAACGCCGACGGCAGCAUAAUAGCACAAAAGCCAGGCCACUCUACUGGCGCCGUAUUUUCGCUGAAGAAGCAAGCGCAACGCUUGAAUGGCAGUGCGCCCAUCGCGGCCCUGCCCCGACGCAAGACGGACAAUGCGACGAAGAAGGCUCUUUGGUCUCUUAACGCACCAUCCGCUGCGAAGAUUGAUGCUGAGGCCCUGCUCACACCAGCCGAUCGGGAGCGUCCUGUCCCGCUGUGCGAGCCCGUCAACCCAUCGGCGCCCCGCAGGAAGCGGGCGUGCAAGAACUGCACAUGCGGUCUUGCCGAGCUGGAGCAAGAGGAACUUCGGCAGAGCAAUGUAGUCAUCAUUGACGGUUCGCAGGACGGUGGAGCGCGAGAGGUUUCGCAGGCGGAGAAGGAACGUUUGCAGAAAGCGGCUCAGGCCGCAUCAAAGGCCACCAGCAGCUGUGGGAACUGCUAUCUUGGAGAUGCCUUCCGGUGUGCGAGUUGUCCUUAUCUUGGGCUUCCUGCUUUCAAGCCGGGCGAAAAGGUCGUCAUCGAUUUGGGUAUGGAUGAUAUUUGA